CUUUCACUGUAAACCACACACCUGAGGAAGAGACAGUCUGAGGACGGCCACACUCUUAGAAAAACCACAAGAUGUCAGGACCGAAACAGACAGUAACCGCCUUCUCCACCACUCUGGUUACGAUGUUGCUCAUCCUCUCCACCGUGACUCAGUCAGCAGAACCUUCAGACAACCUUCAACCAACACAACGGACACUCAGCUUGGACCUUGCAGAGCCCACGAACACUGCACUACCUGUAAAUGGUAGUGAUGCGGAGGAGCCUCGUGUUCUGAGGAUGUCAAAACCCUGUAAAGACGAAGAUGCUGACUACUGCCUGAACGGACAGUGCAUGUACCCACCUGACAGCGAUACCCCUGCCUGCACGUGUGACGUGUCCUAUAGCGGCCCUCGCUGUGGUCUGUUGACCCACCAGGCGACGCAGUGCAAGUUUGCCGUAGCAGAGGAGGUGAUUGGCAUCUGUGUGGGCGUGGCCUUGCUCGUCUGCUGCCUCGCUGUCGUUCUCUACUGCUGCAUCAAGAGAAGGUGUGAAAAAAAAUAUCUUCCCUAUAAGACCUACGGUGGCUCGGAGAACUCAGUUUAGUUUGAGCCCUCUGUUUCUUAUUCAUCACCAUCAUCAUCACCAUCAUCAUCAUCAUCAUCACCAUCAUCAUCAUCACAAUAUCUUCCCAUAACAAAAUAGGCUAUUUAUUGAAAUAUCUAAAAAUAAGUUAUAUAUUUUUUUUUAAAUGUUAACAUGUAUUUAAUAUUUUUUUGUAAUAAAUGUUUUUAAAUCGGAUGCCUAUUGUUUGAACGAUGUUGUUGAAUGUUCUAUAAAGAAGUCAACGUCCUUAUGGUCCUUAACACCAUGGUUAGCGCUACACGCCUUGUGAUAACCUGUUACCUCAUUUCACCACUAGAGGUCAGAGUUUCCUUGUUUUGAUAUUCCAUCCUAUUGAAUUAGUUUCCUAAAACAGCCGGGACACGAUCAGGUCACAAUGAAAGGAAAUCAAGUCUAUGUCACAGAUGGCAACUUAUUCCCUAUAGAAGAUCUGUUGCUAACAAGCACCCUUUGUCCUGAUUGUGUCCUCAUCCUGAUUGUGUCCACAUCCUGAUUGUGUCCUCAUCCUGAUUGUGUCCACAUCCUGAUUGUGUCCUCAUCCUGAUUGUGUCCACAUCCUGAUUGUGUCCUCAUCCUGAUUGUGUCCACAUCCUGAUUGUGUCCACAUCCUGAUUGUGUCCUCAUCCUGAUUGUGUCCACAUCCUGAUUGUGCUCAUAUCGUCCUGACCAUCACUGCAUUGUGUCUGGUGUAAAGAGAUCUGGAUGGUCAAACCAUGUCAAUCAUUGACAGGUAGAACCAUUGACUUGGCAUCAGUAAUUGAAAAUAAAAUAAGUCAAAUCCAUAUUAUUUUUUGAAAGAAUAUCUGUCAAAUAAUUUGCAUAGUAGUGUGAAUUCGAGAAAGAGUGGGACAUUAUAAACUGGGACAGCUUUAAUGCUGACGACUUUAUUUCUUGGUCUGACGAGAGAAAAUCUAAACUAUCGUCACUAAACUUUUUUCUGUUUUAAUGUUGAGGUUAUAAAACGGUCAUAAAUGAGGCACAAUUCUGAUAUAAAUGUCCAUACUAUAUGUACUGGUGCAUCAAAUACAUAAAGUUGCCAAUAUUAUUUG